AUGGAAGGGCGAGAAUCUGUCGAAUUGGUGAUAGUAGGUGCCGGCGGGGUAUGGGCGCAGGAACGGCUCUACCCGGGCUUGCGCCUGAAUAACCUUCUGGGAACCUACGAGUACAGCGACUUCCCCAUGGACGAAGCGUUUCGGGUUCAACCCGGUCAGCAUAUUUCCGGAGAAGCGACCCACCGGUAUCUGAGAGCUUAUGCGGAGGAAUCUGGGAUCCUACUCGAAGAUUCGCUAGACGAGAAAGGCGAAGGAGAGCGCCGGCAUAUAUCUACGCAAAAGUUGAUUAUGGCAACAGGUACAUUUUCUGAGCCGUUUUUGCCUGCUUUGAAGGGAGCGGAGACCUUCGAUCCUCCUUUGUUCCACAGUAAGGACAUGGCCCGAAUGCAACAAGCUAUCACUCAAGCAAAAAGCGUAGCUGUACUGGGCGGUUCCAAGUCUGGAUAUGACGCUGCAUAUCUGGCUGCAUCGCACGGAGUCGGAGUUGACUGGAUUGUAAACAAUUCCGGUCGAGGUGCCACUUGGAUUGCGCCUCCGUACGUAACGCCUCUCAAGAAGUGGCUAGAAAAGCUGGUCAAUACCAGAUUUUUGACCUGGUUCAGCCCCUGUUCUUGGGGUGAUGCCGACGGCUUUGGUGGCGCGAGAAGGCUUCUUCAUAGCAUGGCCAUAGGCAGAUGGAUUGUCGAUAGGUUUUGGAAGGUCUUAGGGAAUGAUGUUGUAACUCUCAAUGCCUAUGAGAAGCAUCCGGAGACCAGGAAGUUGAAGCCUUGGACGGAUGCGUUCUGGGCUGCGAGCAGCUUUAGCAUCCUCAACUACCCGUCCAAUUUUUAUGAUCUGGUCCGUGAGGGAAAGAUCAGGGUGCACAUUACAGAUAUUGAGCGUCUUUCAUCUAACACCGUUCAUUUUGUAAACGGUCAAAGCAUCAAGACUGAUGCGCUAAUCAGCUGCACUGGCUGGAGAGCCCUUCCAGCUAUUAAAUUUCUCCCAGAAGGCAUAGAAAAACAACUAGGUCUUCCACACAAGACUCUGGAUGUCAACAAACUGGCAGUCAAAGCAGAUGCAGAAAUCCUUUCACGAUUCCCUCGACUCCAACGACUACCAGUGGUGCAAAACCCGUACGGUGGCGUCCUAAGAGACUUUUCCCACCGCAACGACCAGGAGCCCUUCCGGCUGUAUCGCCACAUGGUGCCGCCAGCUUUCAUCCAUGACCGCAGCAUUGGAUUCGCGGGGAUGGUCACCAACUUCUCCAUUACACUAUGCGCCCAAACGCAAGCUCUGUGGUUGACGGCGUACCUGGAUGGAAGGCUACCUCUCGAGACCUCUUCGCCUACAUUUGAAGACGACCUGCGCUGGGACACUGUCUACCACAGCCAAUUCGGAAAAUGGAGGUAUCCGUACGCCAGCCCGCACCACCCAGAUUUUGUGUUUGACGCGGUGCCAUAUUUGGACUGGCUGCUUCGUGAUUUAGGCCUCAAAGUGCAUAGGAAAAAGAGCUGGUUUGCAGAAAUAUUUGAGCCAUAUGGUCCCGCGGAUUACCAAGGACUCAUUGAAGAAUGGCAGGAAACUCUCAUUCCAAGGGCCGAGUAG